CAAAAAUAGUUAAAUUCGAAUGAAGCAGACUCUCACCCUACCUUCUCAAUGGCCGGGAGAAUCCGAAUGGCCUUCUCUCCAUUAACUCGAGAGCUCCUGCGCACAAAGGCCUCCCCCUUGAACCCGGACUUCCGUACAACUGAAUACCCAAUCAUCUCUCUCAUUGACACAUGCGGAUCACUGACAGAGUUCCACCAAAUCCACGCCCUCAUGCUCGUCUGCGGUCUCUCUAACGACGCCUUUGCUGCAAGCAGGGCCGUCCAAUUCCUCGCCUCCGUGCCAUCGGACGGCCCGGAUCGCGCUAUCCUCGUAUUCACACACACACCAGAACCAGACGCCUUUACCUGUAACACCAUAAUUAAGAGCUUAAUUAAAAAUAAUUCCCUCAAAAAGGCCUUGAAAUUCUAUUACCACCACAUGUUAGAGAGGGAGAUUCAGCCGAAUCACUGCACAUUCCCGCUUUUGGUGAAGAUUUCUUCAGAAUUGAAGUGGGUUUUGGAGGGAGAGAAAAACCAUUGUUGGGUUUUGAAGCUUGGGCUUGAAUGGGAUCUUUAUGUUAGGAAUUCUCUGGUUCAUAUGUAUUCCAUAUUUGGAAAUUUAAUGGCUGCUCGCCGACUGUUCGAUACGAGUUUGGAGCUAGAUAUUGUGUCGUAUAAUUCAAUGGUUGAUGGGUAUGCUAAAAAUGGAGAGGUUGCACUUGCUAGGGAGAUGUUUGAUGAGAUGCCUCAAAGAAACAUGGUUUCAUGGAAUUCGAUGGUUAAUGGGUAUUGCGUGGUGGGAGACAUGGAAGCCGCUGUCAAUCUUUUCCAGAUGAUGCCUGUUAGAAAUGAAGUCUCUUGGAAUGCCAUGAUCAAUGGGUAUGCCAAACAGGAAAAUUUCUUUCAGGCAAAGGAUUUAUUUGAUAGAAUGCCUAAGAGAAACUUGGUUUCUUGGAAUACUAUGAUUGCACUCUGCAUUAGGACUAAGAAUUAUGAAGCGGGUCUCAAAUUGUUUGAUGAGAUGUGUGCUUUUGGCCUCCGGCCAAAUGAGGCCACGCUUGUAAGUGUGCUUUGUGCAUGCGCUCACACAGGUGAGCUCAAUCGUGGGAAAUGGGUCCAUUCAUAUAUAAACGAAAACAAAAGCGAAAUAGAGUUCGAUGCUCUAUUGGGCACUGCUCUAUUGACAAUGUAUGCAAAAUGUGGAAGCAUUGAAGACUCUCGAAAGGUUUUCAAUGAGAUGCCUGAAAAGAAUGUGGUUUCUUGGAAUGCUAUAAUUGGGGCUUAUGCUACAAAUGGGGGUGGUCAAAAGGCUCUGGAUAUGUUUACCGAGAUGCAAAAGAUGGGUGUUAAGCCUAAUCAGGCUACCUUCAUUUGUGUUCUUAGUGCUUGCACUCGUGCAGGGCUAGUGGUCGAGGGGUGUUGGUAUUUUGACUUGAUGAGUCGAACAUAUGGGAUCGAGCCUAAGGUCGAGCACUGUGGUUGUAUGAUUGUCCUGCUUAGAAGAGCUGGUUUACUUUGUGACUUUAAAGAGUUAAUUGGUCAAAUGCCUAUGGAACUCGGUGAGCGCAUAGCUAAGAGGGUUAUUGAUAUGGAGCCUCAAAAUAUUGGGCCUUACUUGUUAUUAUCACAUAUAUAUGCAGCCAAUGGCAGAUGGGACGAUGUUGAGAAGGUGAGGAGGAUGAUAAAGAAUAGGGUUUCAGAGGAGAAGCCAGGGUGUAGUCUGGUUGAGGUUGAUAGGUUUGGUGUUAAUUCAAUUGUGGGUGAUGGUUUGGUUCAUAAGACGAGUAUGAUGUAUUCUAUGUUGGCUGAGGUGGCGACGCACAUGAAGAGCUCAGGAAGUUGAGAUGGAGAAGAAAUUUAAAAAUUAAUUGCAAGUUCCAAUGCAUCAACAGUGAUGUAUUGUAAUGUUGCUCGAGUUGGAUCGAGAGAGAAAAAGGUGGAACUGGUGUGAAAUUUGGUAAAGCCAAAACAUUUAAAGUUUUGGGGUUUGACAUUUAUAGGUUUUCAAGCCAAGGCUUCGAGGAGUAGAGUAUGAUAUAUCGUAUAUGGCAUUGAGGGCUCCUCAUAUAUCGAUGGCUUGGGCUUGAGUUUGGUGAUACUGCAAAAUGCUUUUGAGGCUAGAGAGGUGAAUGUUCUAUAUUGGCUUGAGAUGAAGCUAUAAAGCCAAUUCUUUGGAGUGAAAACGUGCCAAAUGUGAAGGAGGAAGCAAAGUUGACAGAAAUAUGAUAAACAAUCAAGUCAAAACUCUUGGCCCCAAUUUUAAGGAUGCAAGUAAACUACAAACCCGAUGAAAAGUGAAUAAGGUCUGAAGAUAAUAAUGAAGGGCACAUUAAUCCUAAAUUUUCUAGUAAACACGGAGCCGGAUCGAAGCGUUUGAAGGCUCUGACAUUGACAUCGGUGCCCCAAUGAAUUUGCCUUAAAUGAUAAUAAUCAUUGCUGUUGAAGAUAAAAUGAUGCCUUGGUCAUGGCUUUUUACAGUGUGGAGUUAGCUAUUUGAAGACAGAAUGCCCUUGAAGAGGACAAGGAAACUGACUACAAAUUAAUUAAGAAAGGAAAAUGAUCUACUGGUUUAGACUUAGAGCCUUUCUCAUUGAAAUUGAGAAGUUUUUGGCUGAAGAAUUAGUAAUCUGAUAAAGAGGAUGGAUAAUGUAGAUAUUGAAGACACUCCUCAAGUUAUUCUCUUGAGAAAUUUGGCCAAAUGAAUUAUAAUGAAAGUGCAUAUCAUGGUCUUUCACACAUGCACGCAUUAUCUUCAUUGAUGGAGUGGCUAGAUUCUCGAUUCGGCCCCAUGUUCGCUACCUGUAUUUCUUUAUAAUGUGUGCACAUUUGGCGAUGCCAUGGAUGAAGCAAUCCCAGUGCCACAAAAUACUGUAGUGCCCCAUAAGUCCAAUUUUCACCUUGGCUUAUUGAGUUUGAAGCAUUUUUUAUGAACAUGCGAAAACUUGAAUUGGAUAGUCGAGAGAAAGUGUUGCAAGACGAGCAACUUGGCAUCUAUUUACUUAUCCUAAUUC